UCUGGAGAGAUUUUCAAGAGACCUUUGAAGAAGGUGGUUUGGAGGUGUACCAAUCUCGCAGUUUAAUGGAAAUACCACAUCAGCUAGAAAUCGAAACAGUCGAGGAACAUAAUCGGUUAAAAAUGAACGAGUUAUUCGAAAGAGCAAGGAAUCGCUAUUAUAAUUUUGUGGAUCAAGGCGAUAUAGAGGAAGUAAAAAAGUUUAUUGAACAUUUAGAAGAGGUUUUAAAACCAAUUCUUGAGUAG